UGCCUAGAAGGUACUCCUUCCCAUUGAUGUAAACAUAUUGCUUCACGUUUUGUACGACUAAGAAAACGUUUGUCUUUUUUUUUUUCUUCGUAUUACCAGAAUAAAAAUGAAGAAGUUUUUCGAAGAUAUCAAGAAGGAUAUAAAAUUCAAAUCAGCGGGGCCCGGGAAGAAACUUACGGAUGAAACUAGCACUGACGCUAAGCCUCCAGUGCAACAAGCUAGCCACGGGAAGCCCCGCCAGGCGCCCAACGAAAGCGCGCAGAGGGCCGGGGCAGCUGCCCUGGCACGAAUCGAGCAGCAGCAUCGACCUCGACCACAAACGUCCCAGGAUACGAUUAGGAGCCAGGUGAGGAGGGAAUUUGAGGCAGAGGCUGUAGCUACUGCAGUUGGACAUCCACACACAGAGGCUGAGGGUUCCAAAGUUGCAUCGAAGGACGCUGCGUGUUUCUCUGUAUCAGGAGUGUAUUUCAUCUGCCCUCUGACAGGGAAAACUUUGAAAAAGAGCGAGAGAGAAGUUCACAUCAAAGAGGCUAUUCUUCUGAGGUCUUUGGAGAAGCCGGUGGAGGCAUCUGUUAUGAUGAUCCAUACGUUCAACAAGGACAGGGAGAAGGUGAAGGCGGCCGUGGAAAUCAUCAGCAAGUACAUCGACAACAUCUGUAAGCAUCCAACAGAAGAGAAAUACAGGAAGAUUAAAGUGAGCAACAAGGUCUUUCAGGAGAAGGUCAGCGGGAUCGAGGGGAGUCGAGAGUACUUGCAGGCUCUGGGAUUUGAGAGCACCAUGCUGCCAGUGGAGGGCGAAGAGGGCGCUGAAGAGUUCUUGGUGCUGGCAGAACAGGAGCCUGGCGCUCUGGAAGAGAUGAAGGAGAAAAAGGAGAAGUUGCAGAAUGGAGAGCCUGUCCGAGCCAAGCUGGACCGCCAGGCACAAGCCUUCAGACCUUCCCAGCAUGCUUCACGCUUCGAGCUGCCCCCAGACUUCUAUAACCUGACAGCAGAAGAGCUGAAGAGAGAGCAGCGGCUCAAAAGCGAUAUAACUGAGAGAAACAGCAUGCUAAGAACAAAAGCCAUGCGGGAAAAAGAUGAGCAGAGGGAGAGAAGGAAAUACAACUACGCCCUGCUGAGAAUCCGCUUACCUGAUGGCAAUCUACUACAGGGGACAUUCCUGGCAUGGGACAAAGUGGCAGCGUCAUAUCAGUUUGUACGCGACUCGUUGGAGAACGGCUGGCAGCCCUUUGAGCUCUUUGCUCCUGGUGGCCAGAAACUGAAGGAGGAAGAGGACGUGGCACUGAACGAAUGCAACCUUGCCCCUGCUGCGCUGUUGAACUUUGCGUGGGACGCUGCCGUCCAGGCAGACAUCACUGCUGCUGGUGGACAUGGCCGUUCGGUGCUGAAGCCCGAACUGCUGGAGAACAUAAAGACCCUCAGCUGAACACCCUGCUCUUCAGGGCUUGGCCCUUUUUUUCCACUCUUCUAAUAGCAGCCACACCUUUCCUCACCGGACCCCACGUCACCCUGAGCUGCCAGAGUACAUCACUAAACGUGCUGAUAGGGCAAAGCAAGAAACAUGGGUGGGUUUAAUGGUUUGAUUAAGCAGCUUAGUGACAGCUCCUUUGCACAGAUGCUGCCACUUUUACAACUAAGUAAAAGCACGGUCACACCGUUACCCAAGCAUCCAGGGGUGUUUUGCCUCUUUAAAAGAGAACCGUUGUGCGCAAGUAUUCAGUUUAUUAUACAUGUACUAGAGAAUAAAAUAAUAUCUACUGCACUGUGAUGCUGCAGUAAAACUAGUCCCUGUAUCUUCAGUUGCAUUUUACCACAGAAUGUAAUGGCUGUUCCAGUUUUUUUUUUUUUUUAAAUGAUUCCUUUAACCAUGGAACACAUUAAAGCACUUUGAGGCUACUUUGACAAAAAACUUAAUGUGAAACCUACACGUUCCUUUUCUAUGGACAGUGGCAGCACAUAUGGAUUUCUUUUUAAAGAGAUGUAUAACCAGUUUUCCAUGGGUCAUUUUCUUACUUGCCAUUUCAAACACACCUAAUAAUUUUAAGAACUUUGAAAAUUAAUUGGGCCCAUGUCAGGGCAGGCUUUGUAAAGCAUCACAUUGCUCUCUGCCUAAAGCAAGAUAAACUACCUCCUUACAAAACACUAAAAUGUUCACUCCUUUAAGAGAGAAAUCACUAAGAAAUUUACCCAAGUAUUACAGUAUGCAUCUGUAACCGGUACCCAGCAGACAUAGCGGAGCAAAAUUAACUUGCUUGCUAAGAGGUAUUGGUUUGCUUUGACAAUGCUUUGAGAACUUCUGAAAUGUAUGCAAAGCACAGCUAAAUAUGCUGUCUGUAAUACCACUGUUACUUUAUUGCUUAAACUAAUUUAAUGUAUGUAAUAAAGGAUGCACCAACAUA